UUGAGGACUGGGGACGCCCGGCCCUCGGAGGCUCACGGCGCUCGCGGGACCGGUGGCGGCGGCGGGAGGGUGGCGAGCAGGGGGCGCAGCGGGGCUCCUUCGUCUCCACGAGUGCCGUCCCCGCACUCCUGGCUCUGCGCGCCGGGGACCGGCCUGCGCGACAGUCGCCUCAGCCCCGGCGGCCUCCGAGCUCCGUUGCGCCGCCAGCCUCGCAGCCGAGGCGGUGGAGACUGUCCUGGCCUCCCCGGAGCCCGGGUGGAGGUGGGCGCCUAGCGCUGAAGGAACCGGUAUCCUUUGGAAUCGGUUUAGACUUAAAAACCAGUUUUUCCCUGACUGACUAGAAGUUAAUAACACCUGGGUUGGAGAACAGUUAUUUUUUGCGGUGGAGGGCAGUCAGGAUCCAAUUUCUCUGUUCUCAAGUUUUUAUAGAAUGUAGUAAACAGCUGCCAAAGAUUUUUUUCAGGAAAAAGAGAAUUACAGCUUCUUCCUAGAGACAGCAGCUUUUACAGUUGAAUUCAAUGCCUAACAUUGUAGAACCUGAAAGGUCCAAUGAUUGUGGAAAUGGUGAGCACAAAUCUGAGAGAAAGUCUCAGGAAGAGAAUCAACAUGGUGCUGUGAAAUCUUUCUGCACAAGUGCCUCGGGAGCACCCCUGGGUCCCAAAGGAGAUGGUCAUUAUCCAUGGAGUUGUCCAGUGACUCAUACUCGGGAGAAAAUUUAUGCCAUCUGUUCAGAUUAUGCCUUCCUCAACCAGGCAACCUCAAUCUACAAAACUCCAAAUCCAGCCCACUCUUCUUGCCUCCCUGAUAGUACCUCAUUAUCUACUGGAAAUAAUUCAUCAAAAUACAUUGGUAUACCAACUAGUACAUCAGAGAUAAUCUAUAAUGAAGAAAAUAGCUUGGAAAACUUAUCCAACAGUUUGGGCAAGCUACCUCUCGCAUGGGAAAUUGAUAAAUCCGAAUUUGAUGGGGUGACAACAAAUUUGAAACACAAAUCAGGCAAUGCAAAGAAACAAGUUUCCAAGAAAAAAACUUCAGAUAAAAAAGGAAGACAUCAGAGGGAGUGUCUGUAUCAUUCUCCUCUUGAAGACAUCAAACAGCGGAAAGUAUUAGACCUGAGACGAUGGUAUUGCAUAAGCCGACCACAAUAUAAGACUUCUUGUGGCAUCUCCUCCUUAAUUUCCUGUUGGAAUUUUUUAUACAGCACAAUGGGAGCUGGAAAUCUUCCACCUAUUACCCAAGAAGAGGCUUUACAUAUACUGGGCUUUCAACCCCCAUUUGAAGAUAUUAGGUUUGGCCCUUUCACUGGAAAUACAACACUCAUGAGAUGGUUUAGACAAAUUAAUGACCACUUCCAUGUAAAAGGAUGCUCUUAUGUUCUAUACAAGCCUCAUGGGAAGAACAAAACAGCUGGAGAAACUGCUUCAGGGGCCUUGUCAAAGUUAACACGAGGACUGAAGGAUGAAUCGUUGGCUUAUAUCUAUCAUUGUCAAAAUCAUUAUUUUUGUCCAAUUGGCUUUGAAGCAACCCCUGUUAAAGCAAAUAAGGCAUUCAGGGGUCCUCUCUCACCACAGGAAGUGGAAUACUGGAUUUUAAUUGGAGAGUCAAGUAGAAAACAUCCUGCCAUUCACUGUAAAAAAUGGGCAGAUAUUGUCACUGACCUAAACACUCAAAAUCCAGAAUAUCUAGAUAUCCGGCACUUAGAAAGAGGGCUGCAGUUUCGAAAAACAAAGAAGGUUGGGGGAAAUUUGCAUUGUAUCAUAGCAUUCCAGAGACUUAAUUGGCAAAGAUUUGGCCUUUGGAACUUUCCAUUUGGAACCAUUAGACAAGAAUCACAACCUCCAACACAUGCCCAGGGAAUGGCCAAGUCUGAGAGUGAAGACAAUAUCUCCAAGAAGCAGCAUGGGCGUCUGGGUCGGUCCUUCAGUGCUAGUUUUCACCAGGACUCCUCAUGGAAAAAGAUGUCUAGUAUCCAUGAGAGAAGGAAUAGUGGAUACCAAGGCUACAGUGAUUAUGAUGGGAAUGACUGACUGUGCUGGGUGCAGAACAACAGGCGUUAUCCAUACAGCUAUUACGUACAAGACUGAGUUAAAACGGUAGACGAUUUUAUAAACUCUGUUAAUAGGAACAGAUCUUGUGGUACAGAGCAUAAUCUUAUAGUUAUCUAGUAAAUAAGCUUACAUAUGAUUAUGAUGGGUGAUUUCAGAUAUAUAAGCAGAUAAGCACAGAUUGUUGCCCUUUUAGAGUUAAGAGUAUAUAAAUAAUCUGGACAGAAAAUUCCAUAAAAUCUGAUAAAAAUCACAACUGCUUCUAAACACAAAUUCAUUUAAAGCAUCAAGAUUUAAAAUACUUAAGCAUGAAGUGAUUUCUUAUGACUUUAUUCUUAGGCAUUUGUGACAGAUAGUUUUAUUCCUAAAAUCAAAAGAUAAGGCACCAUCUGCCCUUAAAAAAACGGGGGUAUCAAUUUUCUAGUUUUUGCUCAUGGUUAAAGCGCAUUUAAAAUUAUUUUGAGUCUAGUAGUUCUUUCACUUAUUGCAGUAUCUUGUUUGUCUCCUUUGUUUCCUGAAUAACUGUCUCAGGAGUCUCAAUAAAGAGGCAAAAAAGAAAAGAUUCCAGAAACUGAUCUUUUCUAUUGGUGCAUAUGGAUGACUUGCUGCAUUGAUUCAGAUAUUCUUGACUUGGUAUGUAACUGUGAAAUAUCAACAAGAACCUUAAGUCUUGAAAGACACUUGUGUGUCUAGAAUAAACCUUGUUUUAGGAAUACAGUAAAAGAACAAGUGACAUCUGAACUUUCUGUACCCAAUGUAAUCUGUACGAAGAGGUUUUCUGGCAUUUGAUUGGUCCCUACCUGGUAUCCUAUGUUAAUAAGAGUGUUGAGACACUUAGGAAUGUCCAGAUCACUCUGAGGACAACAUCUCUUCCAAACUCUGAACUGUUUCCUUUUUGAACCAUAUAGAUAAUUAGCUGUUUGAAGUGAGUGUUAUGUAUUUUACAAGUGUGGAUUUCAUAUAUUUGAGCUCCUCUCUAGCAGCUGUCAGUUUUUCUUCUGCCAACCUGUGAGUCACAAACUUCUUGGAUCUCUUGUUCUUUCAUUUCAGGGGCUUGUUCCAGGAUUUAAAUCAGUAACUUGGUGAUUACAAGGUGCUGAAUAUGUUGGUAAGGUAUAUUGCAAUACACCUCAAGGAGAGGGUUCAGAUUUUUAUUUUUGAAAUAUUUUCAUUUUUUCUCUUGAAUUUUAUACCCAUUUACCCACUCAUACAUGACUAGCCUACAGAAAGGGAUAUAUAUUAUGAAAUGGUCAUUUUUCUGAAGAGAAUAUUUUGCUUGAUGUGUAAAGGACUGAAUGAGAUUUGUAGGUUGUUGAUUUUGUUACUUCA